AGGUCACGUGGACAAAUGAAGGCAGCAGCUGAUGAGUUUCCGCUUCACUUCAACCAGAGUGUGUUGCAGGUGGAGGAGGGGGUGAGGUGGACGGUGAUGGGGGAGUCUCGGCUCAUCGUGGAGGAGCUGCUGGCUCUGUGUCUGCAGAGGAUCACAAUGGAGGAGAACGCUGUCCACACCGAGCAGGAUGUGGUUGAGGUGGUGAAGAACUUUGAGUCGGUCAGGAAGCGGUGGCUGCACGCUGAGCUGGAGCUCAAGAAGUACAAAGAGCUGCUGGUGAAGUCCGACGUAGCCAAAGCUGCUCUGGAGGUCAAACUGAAACACGCCCGCAACCAGCUGGACGUGGAGAUGAAGAAACGCUACAAGAUCGAAGGCGACUAUCAGUACCUGCAGAGACAGAUGCAGCUCAUGUGUGACAUCCUGGUCCACGACAGUAAAUCCAGCGCCUGUCUGAACGACGAACAGAAAUCUCUGCUGGCGACGUUUGAACACAAAGGAGCAAAUGUGACUCUGCACAGGAGCAACAAACGGCUGUGUGUGAUUGACGAGUCAUCGUUCCUGUCUCACUCUGAUAUCAGCUAUGAUCGGACAGAUGAUGACAUGGAUCUGGACACGACUGUGAUUAAACCUCUGAGAUCACGAGCCAGAGAGAAGAGGCGCUCGUCGAUGGGCCCGGGUGUCUGCGGUCCGGUUGGGAAGCGAGGGAGAGGCGGGAACGUGUCUGCGGAGUUGUUGGAGAGAAAAACUGUGGAAAAGGAGGUGGAGACGAUAGUGAAAGCAUCGGUGUCGACUCCAGAGACCGGAGCUCAGAUCCACAUGGUGGUGGGAAUCACACAGGAGACUCCCGAAAACCCGCCCCGGACCGUCACCCAGGAGUGCUCUAUUUCAGUCGGAGGAGGAGGAGAUCAAACCUCAGUGUGGUAUCCUGGUGAUGAGAUAGUGGCGGAGCCAGAAACUGAAGCAAAGCUGGAGGAGAGUACUGCAGUCAGAGCUUUGCUCAGAGCUGAGAAAACCAUCAAACAUGCUUUUCUUUCUAAAACGGUCAUCCGGCCUGAGACUUGCUCGCCGUGUGGUAAGAGGAUCCGUUUCGGGAAGAUGGCGGUGAAGUGCAGAAACUGUCGCGCAGUCGCUCAUCCAGAGUGCAAACAGAAAUUUACUGACGGCUGCUCCACCGCCGCCACCGCAGGAAGUUCAGCUCUACAGAACACGUUGGAGGGUUUUGCUCCAGCGAUCCAUCCCAGAGUGCCGCUGCUGGUCGUGGAGUGUGUGACAGAGAUCGAGAGGAGGGGCCUGCAGGAGAGAGGACUGUACAGGGUUCCUGGGGGGGAGCGUCUGGUGAAGGAGCUCAGAGACCGGUUCCUUCAGGGGAAAACUCCGCUCAUGCUCAGUAAGGUCUACGACAUCCACGUGGUCUGUGGUCUGCUCAAGGACUUCCUCAGGAAACUGAAGGAACCGCUCAUCACCUUCAGACUGCACCGGACCUUCAUGGAGGCUUCAGAGCUGGCUGAUGAAGACAACAGUAUGGCCAUCUUGUAUCAGGCUGUAGCAGAGCUACCAAAGGCCAACAGAGACACGCUGGCUUUCCUCAUGCUCCACCUGCACAGGGUUACGAAGAGUCCUCAGUGUCAGAUGGACCAAAAUAAUCUGGCUCGGGUCUUUGGACCAACUAUAGUUGGACAUGGGAUGUCUGAGCCGUCUCCAACAACCAUCAUGAGAGACACAAAUACUCAGCCGAAGGUUAUUUGCCGCCUGUUGUCCCUCCCUGAAGCCUACUGGAGACGUGUCCUCGGUCUUCAGACGGAUCCAGUCUCGUCCUCCACUGCGACCUACAGCCAGGACGGUGGACAUGAUCGGUUGUUUAAGCCGCUGACGUCUCCAGAGUUGAACAACUUCUAUAAAACUCCCAGCAGAGGGUCUCUGAGAGGCCGGAUCAGGAACCUGGGCAACGCUAUCACUAGCACUGGUCGUGUUGAACCAGGACGGAGGUUCUUCACGUCACCCAGCUGAUCCACAAAUGCACUACACACACUACACAGUGUGUACUACACAAAUCCACAUACUUUACUUAUUUAUACCAACAGGAAAUGAUGUAACCUGUUGGGGUAAAGAGUGAAUACGUUGCUCCUCUGUUUACUCUGUGCAUUGCAUUGUGGGAGACGUCCGUGUUUCCAUCAGAUGUUUGUUUACUGAAGAAUAUGAAUAUAAGUGAUAUUAAGGAUUGUGAAUAAAAUGAUGUGACUGUUUUAAACAGAUUCAGUACAACCUGUGAAUAAAGAGAACUUCAAUGAUGUUACCUGUUGCUAAUUCUUGCUGUACAUUCUGAGCAUGUGGUGGAAACUGGUCAGAAUGGUUAAACUGAGAAAAGAAACAAUCAGAAAAUAGCUUCCUUAUGUUGUCAGCUCUCAUAACAAAUAAAAUGUGAAUAUUAAAAACUCACUGCUCUAUUGAA